AUGGCACAAGAAAUUACACACCCAACUAUUGUAGACGGCUGGUUCAGAGAAAUCUCUGAUACCAUGUGGCCAGGUCAAGCUAUGACCUUGAAAGUUGAAAAAGUGCUACACCAUGAAAAGUCCAAGUAUCAAGACGUUUUGAUCUUCAAGUCCACUACUUACGGUAAUGUUUUAGUUUUAGACAAUGUCAUCCAAGCCACCGAGCGUGAUGAAUUUGCCUACCAAGAGAUGAUUGCCCAUCUUGCGUUGAACUCCCAUCCAAACCCUAAGAAGGUUCUUGUUAUCGGUGGUGGUGACGGUGGUGUCUUGAGGGAAGUUGUCAAGCACGAAUCUGUCGAGGAAGCUUGGUUGUGUGACAUUGACGAGGCUGUUAUCAGAUUAUCAAAGGAAUACCUACCAGAAAUGGCUGCUUCUUACUCUCACCCAAAAGUUAAGACACACAUCGGAGAUGGUUUCCAAUUUUUGAGGGACUAUCAAAAUACUUUUGAUGUAAUCAUCACCGAUUCCUCUGAUCCAGAAGGUCCAGCUGAAAGCUUGUUCCAAAAGGAAUACUUCGAACUAUUGAACAGUGCUUUGACAGAAAAGGGUGUGAUUACCACUCAAGCUGAGAGUAUGUGGAUCCACCUGCCAAUUAUUAAGGACUUGAAAAAAGCUUGUUCAGAAGUUUUCCCAGUUGCUGAAUAUUCUUUCGUUACUAUUCCAACUUACCCAACUGGUACUAUUGGCUUCAUGGUUUGUUCCAAGGACAAGACUUGCAAUGUUAAGAAACCACUACGUGAAAUCUCCGAUGAGAAGGAAGAAGAAUUAUACAGAUACUAUAAUAAGAGAAUUCAUGAAGCUUCCUUCGUUCUGCCAACUUGGGCCGGCAAGGAAUUGAAUUAG